AUGCUACGUAGAGUGGCAUCAACAGCUGUUCGACGAGUGGGGCCGGCGAGAUCGAGGAACAAUUGUGUCCGCAACUUCUCGAUACUACCUCAGAGGAUGGCUGCCUUGAAGCCCCUCGAUAAUCUCGUAUCUGCCACGCUUCCAUCCGACUCAUUCCAGCUCCUGGCUGAGUCGCAGAAGGCUGGCGCGGCCGAGGAUGCCCUAUACGAACAGCAACUGAAGGAUGUGGAGGCAUGGUGGGCGAGUCCGAGAUAUGAGGGAAUCAAAAGGCCGUAUUCGCCGGCAGAUGUCGUUUCGAAGCGUGGAAGCCAGCUGCAAUCAUACCCAAGCUCGGUCAUGGCGAGGAAGCUGUUCAAUCUGAUAAGGGAGCGGGAAGCCAAGGGGGAGCCCAUACAUACAAUGGGCGCAAUUGAUCCUAUUCAGAUGACCCAACAGGCCCCGAACCAAGAAGUUUUAUACGUUUCUGGCUGGGCUUGCUCAUCCGUCCUCACUACGACGAAUGAAGUUUCCCCGGAUUUUGGCGACUAUCCGUACAAUACGGUGCCGAACCAAGUACAGCGACUUGCGAAAGCCCAGUCGAUGCACGACAGGAAACACUGGGAUGCACGGAGGAAGCUGAGCCCGGAAGAGCGAGCAAAGACACCAUAUAUCGAUUAUUUGCGGCCGAUUAUUGCAGACGGCGAUACGGGGCAUGGUGGACUAUCAGCAGUAUUGAAGCUGGCCAAGCUCUUUGCCGAAAAUGGUGCCGCUGCCGUGCAUUUCGAGGAUCAGAUGCAUGGUGGGAAGAAGUGCGGACAUCUUGCUGGCAAGGUCCUGGUACCCGUAGGCGAACAUAUCAACCGACUCGUGGCUGCACGUUUUCAAUGGGAUGUUAUGGGUUCGGAGAAUCUGGUGAUUGCAAGGACAGAUUCGGAGAGUGGCAAGCUGCUCAGUAGUGCCAUUGAUGUUCGCGAUCAUGAGUUCAUUCUCGGGGUAGCAGAAGACGGCAUCGAGCCACUGGCAGAGACUUUACAAGGAAUGGAACUGGCCGGGGCUUCAGGAGCGGAAAUCGAUGCCUUUGAAGCUGACUGGGUGAAAGGUACCAAGCUCGUGACGUGCGACGAGGCUGUUGUCAAGCAAUUCGAGGCUCGCGGGGUGUCCAAUGAAGACAUCAACACGUACCUCAAAACGACCUCGGAGAAUCGGGACAUGUCGAUCAACAAGAGGAAACAGCUUGCAUCGCAAUUUACAGAUGAGCCGAUUUACUUCAACAUCGACAUCCCAAGAACCAGAGAAGGUUUCUACCAUUACCGUGCUGGGAUGAAGGCUGCUACGAAGCGUGCCAUCGAGUACGCACCGUACGCGGAUUUGUUAUGGGUUGAGACUGGCGAUCCAAACGUUCGCAACGCAGCUCAGUUCUCUGGUGAAAUUCGUGCCAGGUAUCCUGGAAAGGGACUCGUGUACAACUUGUCGCCAUCCUUCAACUGGAUGAGUCACGGGUUCUCCAACGAAACGUUGAAGUCCUUCAUCUGGGAUAUUGCGAAGCAUGGCUUCGUCCUCCAGCUCAUCUCCUUGGCCGGUCUACACAGCACGGCUACCAUCUCGAAUGAACUGAGCAAGGCGUUCAAGGACGAGGGUAUGCUGGCAUAUGUCAACCUAGUGCAGAAGCGAGAGAAGGAACUUGGUGUUGAUGUCCUGACCCACCAGAAGUGGAGUGGUGCAUCGUAUAUUGAUGGGAUUCUGGGCUCUAUCCAAAGCGGUAGCAGCAGCAGUAAGAGUAUGGGGGACGGGAAUACCGAGGGUCAAUUUUAG